CGGACUGCGGCCACCUUUCUGGGACGUUUACUUUGAGUUCCGAGUGUCCACGGAAAAUUGGCAGAGUCUCUUUAUUUCUUGUGUUCCCCCCACCUUCAUCGAUUCCGAGAACGUUCAGGAAGCAUCUUAUUUGAUACCGCAUCAUAGUCGCCUGAACUCUUCAUUGGAAGUGGCCAGUACCCGUGAUAGAAUCUGGGGGUGACCGGGACACGCGUUGCUACCCCGUCAUUCUGCAGGCCUGGUCUUAGGAUCGAGUUUGGUCUUUGUUUGGCCGAGCGCAGGAGAGGGGUGCGCCUGUAGCUGGGAGAUGCCUCCGUGGGGCGCCGGACCUGAGCUUUUGUUUUGGUUACACUCUGAGGCGUGGUAGCAGCUGGCUGGAUUGGGGCAGACCAGGGAUCAGUGGUGAACUGGUCAGGGCAGGGACUACAGAAAUUAGGUCCCAACUUGCCCUGUGAAGCUGAUGUUCACACAUUGAUUCUGGAUAAAAAUCAGAUUAUUAAACUGGAAAAUCUAGAGAAAUGCAAACAAUUAAUACAGUUGUCAGUGGCUAAUAAUCGGCUGGUUCGGAUGAUGGGCGUGGCCAAACUUACUCAACUCCGGGUAUUAAAUUUACCUCAUAAUAGUAUUGGCUGUGUGGAAGGACUGAAGGACCUAGUCCAUUUGGAAUGGCUGAAUUUAGCAGGAAAUAAUCUGAAGACCAUGGAGCAAAUCAAUAGCUGCACAGCGCUCCAACACCUGGACUUGUCAGACAAUAGCAUACCUCAGAUAGGUGACCUGUCAAAACUGGUGUCUUUGAAGACCUUGCUUUUACAUGGAAACAUCAUCACUUCUCUUAGAAUGGCACCUGCAUAUCUACCCAGAAGCCUUUCUAUAUUGUCUUUGGCAGAAAAUGAAAUCCGAGACUUAAAUGAGAUCUCGUUUUUGGCCUCUUUAAGUGAAUUGGAGCAGUUGUCAAUCAUGAACAAUCCUUGUGUGAUGGCAACACCGUCCAUUCCAGGGUUUGACUAUCGGCCGUACAUCGUCAACUGGUGCUUAAAUCUCAGAGUACUCGAUGGAUACGUGAUUUCCCAGAAGGAAAGUUUGAAAGCUGAAUGGCUUUAUAGUCAAGGCAAGGGACGAGCAUAUCGGCCUGGCCAGCACAUCCAGCUUGUGCAGUACCUGGCUACAGUCUGUCCUCUUAUUUCUGCACUGGGCCUUCAGACUGCAGAGGAUGCCAAACUUGAGAAGAUUCUGAGUAAGCAGAGGUUCCACCAGAGGCAGCUGAUGAGCCAAAGUCAAAAUGAAGAGCUGUCUUCUCUUGCUCCUGUUGAAACAAGGGCCCCCCUUACCCCUGAGUGCUCAAGCCCUGUUCAAGAUUUCCAGGAAAGCGAGCCUGUUCUCCAAAUCAAUUCUUGGGUUGGGGUAAGCAGUAAUGAUGAUCAGUUAUAUGCUGUUAAGAAUAACUUCCCAGCCUCUGCACACACUACAAGAUAUUCUCGGAAUGACCUGCACCUGGAAGACAUACAGACAGACGAGGACAAGCUAAACUGCAGUCUGCUCUCUUCAGAGUCCACUUUUAUGCCCGUUGCAUCAGGGCAGUCUCCAGUAUCACCCACUGUGGAGCUGAGGCUGCAGGGCAUCAGCUUGGGCCUAGAAGAUGAUGACGACGAUGCAGGUGAAGCCGUGCAAAGGCUGGAAAGCCAGGACUUGGACAAGGACAAGGAAAAGCCUUUGUGGGAUACAAAUGAGAGUUCUGCUCAAGUGCUGAAAGGUAAGAUGAGUACAGAAGUAAAGGAGAAAGCGGAACUGUUUCCUUGUCCCAAGUCAGUGCUCAUCAAUGCUAUCUUGAAGGAGGAUAACCAUGGUCUUGCAUCUUUUCCGGAGUCAGUUGGGCAUAGCGUAUCCCAUGUAGAGUCAAACAGUGAAGAAACCGUGUCUUCCACCACUUCAGAGAAAUCUCCCUGCAGAAUUUUUACUGAGAGAUCUCUUGCUUUGGGACAAGAUAAAGUCACCCUUCAGAAACUGAAUGCAGCCGCCACUAAGCUUCAGGCCUGUUGGCGGGGCUUUUAUACCAGGAACUACAGUCCACAAGCCAAAGGGGUACGUUAUGAAAUCCGGCUGCGCAGAAUGCAGGAGCACAUUGUCUGCCUGACAGAUGAAGUAAGGAGAUUAAGAAAAGAAAGAGAUGAAGAGCGCGUGAAAGCCUCUGUGCGAGAAGAAGCUGUCAGAUUCCUUUGGAACGAGGUGAGAUCCCUACAAGCUUGGCAGCGGACGGUGGAGCAGCGCCUGACUUCCUGGCACACUGAUGUUCCUCCUAUAUCUAGUACUCUGGUGUCACCUGAAGCUCCAAUAUUUCCACAGCGUCAGGCCCUCUCUUCGGAUCAGAAUCCUGAUUGGCUCCUUGCCGAGGCUGAAGCGCCUCAGGAGAGAUCAGUUCCAGAAUUCCCAGACUCUGGUUUUCAUUCCUCCCUAACAGAACAAGUUCACUGUUUGAAGGAUUCUUUGGAUUUUGAAAAAAGUUCCAUAGAAAGCAGUGAAAGCUCCAUGUUGGGGAAUUCCACGGACACAGUGAAAUACGGCAGAGACGUCAACUUAGAGGCCAUGACUGGGGAGCACGCAGACUGUAGCAAGGAAAGCUCCAACAGCGAGCAGGACAACACCCUGCUCGAACAGUAUUUAUCUUCAGUCCAGCAGCUGGACGAGGCCGAUGAGAGGACAGAUUCUGACGAUGUGGCGGGAGACAGUACGUGCCACGUAGCUUGUUCCCCGGAAGGGUUGGAUGCCUCCUCUGAGAUCGAGGCUCCUGGAGUAUCUCUCACUUUACAGGAUGAGAUUAGCCAGACCCCAGAGAAUUGUAAGUUAAAUGCGGACGCUCAAGGGCAGCAGCCGGAAUGUGACGCCACGUUUCAGGUGUUGCAUGUGGGUGUCACUGUGUAACCUGUCUGAUUUAACUAGGGAACAGAGAUUCACUUGGAUUUUCUCAGUGUUUUCAGUUGCUUCUUUUCUUUUGCAGGGGGGCAAUCUUUCCCCCAUUUUGUAUUGUUUCUAUAAAACUUGUAUUCUUGUUCCGUAUUUUUCAGAUUUGAGAUAUUGAGCUAAGUCUUCAUUUUGAGUGUACUAAUGUACUAAAAAUAUUGAUAUUAAAAGGCAUAUGCACUUUA